AAUUCUCGCGAGAGUUACCGGCAGCCAUCUUCUUGGGGGUGCUGGGAGCUGGGGAGACCCCCUGAGUCGUUCCCAUUGAGCUGCUUUUCGUCUUCGCUUUUUCAUUUUGCUGCUUCUGCGUUCCCGACAAGCACCUGAUCCCGAGGCUGAGAGAAAGCCCCGGUCUAGGCGUGUGUCGCGGUCCCAGUUCAGAAAGAUUAGCUGGGUGGAGGGAAAGGGGAGGGCUCGGGCAAGCCGUUGCUGCCUCUGCCCGGGCCGGGGUCGGGGAGGGGGAAGCUCCUGGCACCUCCUGCACGCGCGGCCUGUGGCGGUCCCCGCGGAGCUGUUCACCGAUCCCGGCUCGCGGGAACCUGCCACCGACGCCUCCCCCGCGGCCCACGCGGGCGGCGCGCGGAGGAGGGGGCGGGGGCAGCGGCGGCUGUAGCGGCCGCGACCUGGGCGGGCGGAGGAGUGUGACGGGCCUCGGGGCCACUGUGGAUGGUUUCUAAAAUGAUCAUUGAAAACUUCGAGGCACUGAAGUCCUGGCUCAGCAAGACUCUCGAGCCCAUCUGUGAUGCAGAUCCAUCAGCCCUAGCAAAAUAUGUUCUUGCUUUGGUAAAAAAAGACAAAAGUGAAAAAGAGUUAAAGGCAUUAUGUAUUGAUCAACUGGAUGUAUUUCUUCAAAAAGAGACACAGAUAUUUGUGGAAAAACUUUUUGAUGCUGUGAAUACAAAGAGUUAUUUACCUCCUCCAGAACAGCCAUCAUCAGGAAGCUUAAAGGUAGAGUUUUUUCAGCACCAAGAAAAAGAUAUAAAAAAAGAAGAGAUCCUAAAGGAGGAAGAACGAGAGAAGAAGUUUUCUAGAAGGCUAAAUCACAGUCCUCCCCAGUCAAGCUCCCGAUACAGAGAAAAUAGAAGUCGUGAUGAGAGGAAAAAAGAUGAUCGUUCUCGCAAAAGAGAUUAUGAUCGAAACCCUCCUCGAAGAGAUUCUUACAGAGACCGGUACAAUAGAAGACGAGGGCGAAGUCGCAGUUACAGCAGGAGUCGGAGUCGAAGUUGGAGUAAAGAGAGGCUUCGUGACAGGGAUAGGGACAGAAGCAGGACUAGAAGCAGAAGCAGAACACGAAGCAGGGAAAGGGAUCUGGUAAAACCUAAAUACGACCUGGAUAGAACAGAUCCACUAGAAAACAAUUAUACUCCAGUUUCUUCAGUACCUAAUAUUUCAUCUGGUCACUACCCUGUACCUACUUUGAGCAGCACGAUAACAGUAAUUGCUCCUACACAUCAUGGUAAUAACACUACCGAAAGUUGGUCUGAAUUUCAUGAAGACCAAGUGGACCAUAACUCAUAUGUCAGACCACCAAUACCAAAGAAACGGUGUAGAGACUAUGAUGAAAAGGGUUUCUGUAUGAGAGGAGACAUGUGCCCUUUCGAUCAUGGAAGUGACCCUGUAGUUGUAGAAGAUGUGAAUCUUCCUGGUAUGCUGCCUUUCCCAGCACAGCCUCCUGUUGUUGAAGGACCACCUCCUCCCGGGCUCCCCCCACCUCCACCAAUUCUUACACCCCCACCUGUGAAUCUGAGACCCCCAGUGCCACCUCCAGGCCCAUUACCACCCAGUCUACCACCUGUCACAGGACCACCACCUCCACUUCCUCCUUUGCAGCCAUCUGGCAUGGAUGCUCCCCCAAACUCUGCAACCAGUUCUGUUCCUACUGUAGUAACAACUGGCAUUCAUCACCAGCCGCCUCCUGCUCCACCCUCUCUCUUUACUGCAGUUUUUGUAUUACCAGAUACAUAUGACACAGAUGGCUAUAAUCCUGAGGCCCCAAGCAUAACAAACACUUCCAGACCUAUGUAUAGACACAGAGUGCAUGCACAAAGGCCCAACUUGAUAGGACUGACAUCAGGGGAUAUGGAUUUGCCACCCAGAGAAAAGCCUCCUAAUAAAAGCAGUAUGAGGAUAGUAGUGGAUUCAGAGUCAAGGAAAAGAACCAUUGGUUCUGGGGAGCCUGGAGUUACUACAAAGAAGACUUGGUUUGAUAAACCAAAUUUUAAUAGAACAAACAGCCCAGGCUUCCAGAAAAAAGUUCAGUUUGGAAAUGAAAAUACCAAACUUGAACUUAGAAAAAUUCCUCCAGAAUUAAAUAAUAUCAGCAAACUUAAUGAGCAUUUUAGUCGAUUUGGAACUUUGGUUAACUUGCAGGUUGCCUAUAAUGGUGAUCCUGAAGGUGCCCUUAUCCAAUUUGCAACAUAUGAAGAAGCAAAGAAAGCAAUAUCAAGUACAGAAGCAGUGCUAAACAAUCGCUUUAUUAAAGUUUAUUGGCAUAGAGAAGGAAGCACCCAGCAAUUACAAACUACUUCUCCAAAGCCUUUAGUCCAGCAGCCCAUUUUGCCUGUUGUGAAGCAGUCCGUCAAAGAGCGGUUGGGUCCAGUACCCUCAAGUACUGUUGAACCAGCAGAAGCCCAGAGUGCCAGUUCAGACCUUCCUCAGAAUGUAACUAAAUUAUCUGUGAAGGACAGGUUGGGUUUUGUAUCAAAGCCAUCUGUUUCAGCAACUGAAAAGGUGUUAUCUACAUCUACCGGCCUAACAAAAACGGUAUAUAAUCCAGCUGCUUUGAAGGCUGCACAGAAAACCUUACUUGUUUCCCCUUCCGCAGUGGAUAAUAGUGAAGCACAGAAAAAAAAGCAGGAGGCACUGAAACUUCAGCAGGAUGUAAGGAAAAGAAAACAAGAAAUUUUAGAGAAGCACAUUGAAACACAGAAGAUGUUAAUUUCAAAAUUGGAGAAAAACAAAGCAAUGAAGUCUGAAGAUAAAGCAGAAAUAAUGAAAACUUUAGAGGUUUUGACAAAAAAUAUAACUAAGUUGAAAGAUGAGGUCAAAGCUACUUCUCCUGGACGCUGUCUUCCAAAAAGUAUAAAAACCAAGACUCAGAUGCAGAAAGAAUUGCUUGAUACAGAGCUGGAUUUAUAUAAGAAGAUGCAAGCUGGAGAAGAAGUUACUGAACUCAGGAGAAAGUAUACAGAAUUACAGCUGGAAGCUGCAAAACGAGGGAUUCUUUCGUCUGGUCGGGGUAGAGGAAUUCAUUCAAGAGGUCGAGGUGCAGCUCAUGGCCGAGGCAGGGGUCGAGGUCGAGGUCGAGGUCGAGGUCGAGGUGUGCCUGGUCAUGCUGUGGUGGAUCACCGUCCCAGGGCCUUGGAGAUUUCUGCAUUUACAGAGAGUGAUAGAGAAGAUCUUCUUCCUCAUUUUGCGCAAUAUGGUGAAAUUGAAGAUUGUCAGAUUGAUGACUCUUCACUUCAUGCAGUAAUUACAUUCAAGACAAGAGCAGAAGCUGAAGCAGCUGCAGUUCAUGGAGCUCGUUUCAAAGGGCAGGAUUUAAAACUGGCGUGGAAUAAACCAAUAACUAAUAUUUCAGCUGUUGAAACAGAAGAAGUUGAACCCGAUGAAGAGGAAUUUCAGGAAGAGUCUAUGGUGGAUGACUCAUUACUUCAAGAUGAUGAUGAAGAAGAAGAGGACAAUGAAUCUCGUUCUUGGAGAAGAUGAUUUGAUGAUUUGACUGAUCAUUGAUCUGCAUAUGCUAGAACUCUACCUGUGUUUCAUUAGUAUUAUCUAAUGUACUUUUACAUAUUUGUAAAAACAAUUUUUGGUAAAUGUGAUGAAGAUGGAUUUCACAAAUAGACAAACGAGAAGAAAACUACCUUCUGAUCCUGUAUUUUGAAAGAUUGAUGUUUGCAUUUUAUUUCAGUAAACAAUUGCUAAAGACAUCACACUAGAAACAUGCAAUGUUUUUAUUACAUACUUCUACUGGACAUUACAGAAUUCUUUGGGUUCUUUGUAAUUUAAUGAAUAGGUCUGAAAACUUAUGACCAAUACUUGUAAUAACUUAGAGGAUUUUGUUUUACUCCAAAUAAGGAAUGAAUUUGCAUUUAAAAUCUUAAUGAAUGUUUUCAAAAAUGAAUAGAUAACAUAGUACUCUAACUAAAGUCUCCAAGUAUGUAUUUAUAAUAUUACAUAGUAGUAUGCUUAGGCUUUACUAUGUAUUAGCCUUUUGUUGGACUUGUGUAUGUAUUUUACCAUAUGGGUUUCAAUGAUAAUGGUGUAUGACUGCUUUGCAUAUAUUCUCUCCUUAUGCAUUCAGAUGUUUAAAAUAAAGUGGAAUGGUCUUUUAAAAAGAAAAGAAAAGAAAAAAAAGCAAUGACCAAAAAAAAAAAAAAAAAAUCCAACAAAAAAAAAAAUCUAAAACAACCAAGACAAUGUUCUUUGAUU